UGUUUUAUCGAUGAUAUGAUUAUAAGUUUGGUGAGAGCUGAUUGGGCCGGUCCAGUGAUAUUGCAGCUGAGAGAGAUAGAUAGAACUUGUGAUGGGAAUUAAAGCAGUGUAGUUACUGACUGGGUGUUAACUGAAUACAUUUUAUGGAGUAGCUUGAUUGAUAAUACACUUGAACAUGUCAAAUUUAAUGGUGUAUUGAGUAUGAAUAUUAGUGACAGUACAGGGUUGAGUGGACUGAUAUAUGUGAAAUUGGACUUUAUCUUCACUUAAUUUUUUAAUUUAUUUGUCGACACUUUCAACUCGGAAACUUGUUAUGAUGCUAUUUAUUGGAGUUUACAUAAUAAUGGCUAAACCAGCUAUUCUUGCACAAUGUCUGAUGGUCCCUGCAAGCCAGAUGAGGAGGUCUCCCUAACUGAAGGGGGCAUUCAGCGAGCUGGCCGAGCAAGAAUCUGCAAACAGUGCAAGUUCACCACACGUGACGUCAGGGCAUUCUCCAAUCAUCGUCUCCAUGCGCAUGCAGAGGAAAAUAGUGAGGAUAAUUGCAAAACAGUGACGCGAAAGAAUAGUUUGAGAAGAAAAUCCUCAGCUGCUUGUGAGAAGAUUGCAUCAAUGGAAGAACAAAUGGAGGUUACCAGUGAAGAUCGUUCAGCAAGCGCUGCCAAUGCAGUAGACACAUAUCCUAAAAGUGAAAACAUUACCAAACUUGAACAAACAACAGACAUGACCAGUGACCAGAUUUCUCCAGAGUUGUUAAGCAGCUUGGCACUAGCGCCUCGAAAAUCUUUUGGCUCUGAGAAAUCAAAAAACAACACAAUGGACAAAGUCAACAGACAUUUUGAAGAAGCCCUUACGGAUAGCAGAGAUGAUGAGCACGACGAUGAAGAUCGUCUUGUGAUUGCUGAUGGCAGCGAUAAUGAAGCAGAUAGUCCCGAUGAUCAUGUACCUAGUCGAAGUGGUAAUAUUCAAAACAGAAACUACCUCUGUGAAAACUGUGACUUUACCUCCAACAGUGCUAAAGCAUAUCUGCGCCACCAUGUUGAUGUUCAUAACUCGGGUAUUGUUAUAUAUGAAUGUGACAUUUGUGACUAUGCUACCAAGUACAAGCAGAAAUUACCAAGACAUCGCAAACUUCAUUUCAGUGGAAAAGAUGGUCCGGAUGAAUCUGAUUUGGAAAAUAAAUUCGCAGAAGGAGAGUUGAAAGGGACGGCAGAGAACAAUGGAAUGACUAGCAUAAACAUGGAGCUCAUGAACGGAGAGGAAGAUAUGGAUGAUGGGAUAGAGGCUGAUGAAGAUGAUGAAGAGGAAAUGGUUGCUUUGUCUGCUCAUGACGGCCAUAAUUUAACAGCCGGUUCAACACCCAUGGAGGCAAAGAAGAAGAGAAUUCGACAAGAGGUUGAUCCAUUGAAAUAUUACGAAGUCAUGGACGAAGUUGGUGUUAAAUAUGCGUGUUCAAAAUGUGGAAAUGUUUAUAAAUGGCGGAAAUCGCUGAAUAAACAUUGGAAAGAGAAGCACUGUGGUGAAAUUCCAGACCUCACUAAACCUCCAGCCACUCUGCAGAACUAUACAUUGUACUGUAGAUACAAGACAAAGUUUGGAGGACCACCACCGGCCGCUCCCAAUGUAGUUUAUGGGGCAGCCACUGCCAGUCCAGCCAAUCAGAUGAAGGCUCACAGAGCAACGCCCACUUCCAAUCACAGCGAAUCCGGUAGGGUGAAAGACGAACCCCAAAUCCAUCAAACACCAACCUUGUCCAAUGUUGUGAUGCCAAGGCAGAUUGGGCCAUUUAUUGCAGGCACCACUGUCAACAGCGGCCCCCUGUUCAGUCCGGUGAACCGUUCUAACCAUACAAACCAUAUGACCCCAAGGUCUAGAGCAGCAGACUCACAUCAUGAGAUGAGACAUGUGGUCAAUUCCAUGCAAGUGCAGAGUGGGGGCAAUCAGUCCCAAAAACAGUUUAUGCCUCAUGAAGUGUUUCAGCAGCAGAAACUGCUACCAAAACCGAUGCAACAAAAUCAGCAAUCUGAGCCUCUGGAUUUCUCUAAGAAAUCUUCCGAGGCCAGUGGAAAGUCGGAACCAUCGUGGCCAGAUACAAACAGCGAGAGUGACAGCCUUACUGAGAUGCCUAUAUCACUGAUGGUAUCACAGGCCAACAGUCAGAUAGCAGCUGCCAUGAAACAUGGCCAAGAGAUGAAUGACAGCAUUGAGGCAUCAACAUUGAGGUGUGGCAAGUGUAACUACAUUGCAAAAACUCUGGCUGACUACAGCUCUCACAUGGCUCUUCACUUAAACAAAAGAGCCUUCAAGUGUGCAGAAUGUGGUUCUCAUUUUACUGGAAUUGAUGAACUAAACAAACACUUCAUGGAUUAUCAUUCAGAGAAGAUACAAGAGCACAAAGAAGCAAUCCAGAAGAUUCCCCAUGGCCUUCAGCAAACAUACCAUCUGCUAAAAAUGCCUCUGGACUCCAUCUCAGGUCUGUCUUCUCAGGAACUAAUGUCAAACGAACCAAAGCAGUUGAAAUGCAGCAUGUGCAGUUUUGUAGCCAAGUGGCCAGCAGAAUUGCAGAAGCACGCUGUUUCGCACUCUGAAGAAAGACCCUUCGUAUGCAUGGUCUGUGGCUCAACGUACAAGUGGAAAUGGGACCUUGUGAAGCAUUUUGAGAAAAGUCAUAGCACCCUUCCAAACCCAUACAAGAGGCGUGAGGGCGGUGGUGUGAUGGCCAGCAAUUCACCUGCUACACCUCCCCCAGACAUGAUAGCAAUGGGUAAAUCGCAAGCCAACUUGAUGGACAUGAGUGCAAUGUCAUCUAACUACAAUGACGAAGAAGUUUAUUCUGCAGGCAAUAAAAGGCGCCUAUCAGAGUCUGAGAGCUGGGAUGCUGAACAUUACUUGAGGGAGUAUUUAGAAAGGCAGGCUAGAGACAGAAAAGAAAUGGGUCAACUAGAAUUGCAUUCGCAUCUGCUCAUGCAAGCCAGGGGCGCUUUCUCUGAUCCUGUGAAGAGGGUCAAGGUUGAAAAUCAUGAUAUUGAAGACUAUGAUAACCAAACUCCUAAACGAAUUGUUCAUGAAGCACUCAAAGAAAGACUGAAUUCUGGCAACAUAAAACAUGAAGAACUCACACCAAGCAAAGACAAAUUAUCCGACAAGAAAGACGCUAAAGGGGAGGUGGUGCUUCCAUACAAGUGCACAGUUUGUGAGUAUCGCGCAAGAUGGCCCUCUGAGAUAUCUCAGCACAUGAAGAAUCAUUCCACCGAGAAACCAUACCACUGCCCACGCUGUAGCUACAAGAGCAAGUGGAAGUGGGAUGUUGUGAAACAUCUACGUCGCUGUGGUGGAGGCACCGUCCAUGACGUCAUUGACACGACCAAGAUGAAGAAGAUGGCUCCUCCAAACAUCAUGGUACUGCCAAUGGGUCACUCCGGUCAGCAGAAUGGUUCACAGACUCUGAAUCAGCCUAAAGCCAGUCUCAGCCAGUCUGUGUUCCCAGGGGGCCAGCGCUAUAGCUCCCUUAGCCCCGCUAUGAACUUGCCAAUGUCCACAGUCAGCAAAAGUCUUGCCAAUAAUUUUAAUAUCUUGUCCGGGAACAAAGAUCACCAGGAGGCCAUGGACGUGUCCAGUGACCCUGCCAAGCAGCCUGUGUUCCGAAGCCUUGUUAAUCAAGGUUUUCAUCAUUGCCUUGAAUGCCAGUUUAUCGGGAAUAGUCCGACAGAGCUGAAGCGCCAUUCGUUGCUUCAUUCAGAGAACAAACCAUUUAAUUGUAAUGACUGUGGUUACAGCACACGUUGGAAGUGUGACCUGAAGAAACAUAUCAAGAACUAUGGUCACCAGAACACUAGCAUCACACUGGAUGAUGAUGAAGAUGGUGGCGAUGAGGAGAACGAGAAUGACAAUAGCAUGGAGCAAUUCACAGAGUUGUCAGAAGAUAGUGACGAGGACCAGUCCACAUUGUACAUGUGUCCACAAUGUCCGUACAACUCCUACAAGAAGAAAGCAUACGACCUUCACCUUAAGAUACAUGGUGGGUGGAGCAAUGCUGUGGAUGAAGUUUCCGAAACAUCUUCCCCUCUGAAGGAAUCAAAGUAUAAGUGUUCCAAAUGUGACUACCAUGGAAACGACUUGUCCUCUUUCCUUCAUCACAAGCGUUCCCAUAAUUUUGAGGAGGUAUCCAAUGGAAGAUCUCAAGACUCACCGGUACCCAGUGAGGUAUCCAGCAGGACUCUGCAUUUAAAGCAUCGCAGGAAACCGGUCAAACAGUUCAAAUGUGACAGGUGCCCAUAUGUCUGCUUCAAGAAGUCAGCCCUCCAUGUUCAUGAUGCCAUGCAUAUUCCCAGAGGUACCGACACAUUCCUGUGCAUGUUUUGCGACUACAACGUCUUCAGCAAGACUCUACUGCUGCAACACAUGAGGCUGCAUCCGGAUUACAACCCGGCCGAGUGUUCUGAAGCUGACAGCAAGAUCACAAGUGUAGAGCUCGAGGAGAUUGAAAGACUUGAAGAGGCUGAGAUCAACAGUGAUGACUCCAGAAGCCUAGAGGAGAACAACAAUGAUGGGGAGGCCUCAGACAGGGUGCUGGAUUUCUCUUGUCCCAACAGUUCUCGAACAACAACGCCAGUAAAUGGUCCAGUCGAACAAAGUGUCAAGCAGCAGGUGUCCCCUACUAACAACAAUUCCCUUAUCGGCAACAUGAACAACAAUGAGAAAACCAGUCCGAGUUCUGGAAUGAACCUGCCUUGUGAAUGGUGCUCAGCGACGUUUCCCAAUGUGGUGGCCCUGUACCACCACAGCCGGAGUCUGCACCCCAACCAGCUGAAGGCCCAGGAGGCCGGUGACAUCGCAGCCAGGCAGGCACCCAGCAAGGGAAUGCAGCUGGAGCAGAUUGUGAGAGAGAGGCAGAAAGAAUACCAGGUGUACCAUCAUCAGGUGACCUCCCUAUCGCCUAGCAUCGUGCUUCCAUUUCAACAUGCUCCAUCAACAUCAAAUGCACAGAGUCUUUUGAAUAAGUUGGUUCCUUUGGCUCCAAAGCCAUCAAGUUUCCAACAAUCUCCUGGGCAACAAACAUCGCCACAAUCCCUGCAGCUGGACCAGUCAGAAAGAGCCAGAAAGAGUAUCACACAGCAGAAGAAGUCUCGGUCUUUUCAGUGCACAAAGUGCACAUUUACUGCUCCCAAUGCGGUCACCUAUUUGCGGCACAUCGAACGGCAUGGCAGUAACUGCAAGCACACCUGUUUGUUCUGUGACUACAGUAUUGACAGGCUGAAUCUUCUGUAUCAGCACAUGAAGGGCACACAUGGCGCACAGUGGGCGGGAAGCCCGGAGGAAAAGAUCAGUCAUGUUGUCCUGGGAGAAGACAGCAACAAUAACUUAAUAGAUGAAAUGAAUGAUGAGCAAGCUGAGGACAUGAUUGGAGAAAGUCUGGACAUGGAUGUUGAAGGCAAUGAUGCAGAACGUGGCGUAUUGUUUGCUUACCAGGAGAAGGGGAUUGUGCCUAAAUUGGUAUUACUGGAAGAAAGCGUGUGGCGGGGAAUUCCACUGAGUAUUUGCAGCCUUGAAGGGAAGCGUCACUUCAAGUGUCCCAAGUGCAUGUAUAUCAAUGCAAACGCAGCGAACACUGCCAACCACUUUCAGCAACACGGCCAGAACCGACGAUUCCGAUGCCACCAGUGCGACUAUAGCGUGGACAAUCCAAAAACCAUGCAACAUCACCUGGAGAGCAUUCAUCCCAAGGAGCCAAAUUACACUCUGGUGAAAUCUGCGAAAAAGCCGGAAGCUGUCGCUGCCCCAGCACUUCAUUCCUGCCCAAAGUGCCCCUACAAAACUACCGAGAAAGUGAAGCUAGCCAUUCACAUGGAGAGGCACUCGGGCACGGGCAGGUUUGAUUGUCAGCUAUGUGACUACAAGGUGGACCAGUAUGGUCAUCUUCGUCAACACGCCAGGCUUCACAAGAAGGCAAUAACUUCUCUUGUCUCCGCUGACGAGGCCAUGUUCACCACAGAACGGUCCUUUGAAGAUCAAGAAUUUGCCAAGCGUUGGAACGAUAAUAACCCAGUCGAUCAAUUGAACAGAAGUGAUAGCAGAGUUUGCUUUAAAUGCAGUCAGUGUCCUUUCUUCACGUUUAAGAAAGAGAAGAUACUGAAACAUCGAUUGUGUCAUAUCAGCAAAGGUCCAUACGCCUGUCAGGAUUGCUCAUUCAGUACUAAUUUCACGAAUGACCUCGAAGAACAUGUGCAAUAUCAUAGCACUCUGCAAGCACCCAGCGAUCAGGCCCUUGAGUUUGUACUGGAUCCAUUCAGUGAACUGUAUAAGGUACUUGAGAAGUUCCCUGAUGAUCUUAAAGCAGAUAACUGCAUGGAAAACCUUGAAGAAGAUUAUACAAUGGACAUUGAUAAUGACAUGGAAGAUGAUGAAGAAGCUGCCUUGAUGGAAGAGGAGCUGAGAGACACAGUUGGAGGGGCCCUGGAUAUGGACGUGCGGGAUAGAAAUGGUGAGGUUGGUUUUGAUUCAGAGAUUCAGUUCCGUAAUUACAAGUGUCAGGACUGUCCAUACAGCAGUAACAGCAAUGCAGAAUAUUCCAAGCAUCUUAAGCUACAUGGUUGUGACAAGAAAUUCAAAUGUGACUUUUGCUCGUACAGUCUUGAUCGAGUCAACCUUAUUUCUCAACAUCGUAAAUUACACUUCCAGGAAAAGAGUUUUGAGUCGACCCCGUUGAUUGCAAAGCUGCUGAACAAGAAUCACGAAGAGUAUGAAAGCUUGCUGGCCAAGAUUGGAAACGAGAUUGCACACCCCCCAGCAGAGACUGGAUCCAAAGUUUGCGACGAGUUCUUGGAAAUGUACCUGAGCCAGAAUGUGGGUGAUGACAAAGGCAGGUAUUUGUGCAACAAAUGUCCAUACAGAUGCCAGGCAUUGAAAAGUUUCCGAUGCCACAUUCAGUGGCAUGGGAUCAAUCGCAAAUACAGGUGUGACUAUUGUGACUGGAGUGCUGAUAGACUGAACUUGUUGAUUCAACAUCGUCGGGUGCACUCGGGUGAGAAGGGUUUCAUUGCCGCACCUGGUGAGAUUGAAUUCUUGAACCGUGACUUUGUACUAGAUGGGGACAGUAAUGAUGUUACAGUGGGAAUGGCAUUAGUGGAGUAUCAGGACAUCCCACUCUCCCCAUAUGACCCCAAAACCUCUCCCAAAAAGAAUGCCUUUGGUCAGAAAAUCUACUACUGCAAAAUGUGUCCAUUCAAGUCUGAGAAUACAAACACGUUCUCCUUCCACAAGAAACUGCACUGCAUUCAGGCCAAGUACAGCUGCUCAGAAUGCUCGUACAGCAUUAACAACAUUACCUCUUUGAAGGAACAUAUCAAGCUUCACAAGAAGGAACGAGAGCAAAUCCUCGCAUCGUUGACAGAAGGUGGCACAAAACACAAAUGUCCUAAGUGUCCUUAUAGUUCUACGAACAAAAACAUGCUUGUGAAUCAUAUGUCGAUGCACGGGGCUGGACGUAAACAUGAGUGCAAGGACUGUGACUUUGGUACGGACACUCAGGCGCUGUUGACACUACAUAUCAAAGUUCACAAAGAUGGCUACUCUGAGAGCGAUGUCAUUGAGGAAAUGGAGCUACUCGUGAAGCGAAGUCCAGACGUGAUUGGGCCGCAGCUGUAUAUGUCAACAGCAAAUUCUCUAGACCUCGAUAGCGAUUUUAGUGAUGGUAGUGAUUCAGACCAUAAGUGUGAAAAGUGCCCAUACAGCACGCCAUCAAAGGAUGAACUGGGUAGCCAUAACCAGCAUCAUGAAAUGAAAGACAAGCACACAUGCAUGUACUGCACAUUCAGUUGCUUCGAUGAAGACGAACUUGUGCAACACGUUCAGGUUCAUUUCCCGAGCACAUCUGUAGACAAGGAAAUGCUGCGAUCGCUCAAGAGGCAGUAUCAUAAGAGAAACCUCUCUAAAGCCCUGAAUGAUGGGAACUUCACCACAAGCAAGGAUGGGGAACCGGAUUCAACAACUGUCACUGAUGCUGCUAAAAGUGAGGUUGAAGCUGUAGAUAAGACUCUGAACGAUCACGCAGACACUAAGCAGGUUGAGAAGACAAAAGUAUAUGUGUGCCAAUACUGCGAACGGGAGUAUGAUGACAAGGCCAACAUGAUCCAGCAUGAAAAGCAACACCUUGUGGGCUCAAAGUUUUGAUAAACUUAACCAAGUAUCAUGACUGAAUCUUAAUAUUUGUAUGCGGUUCUGCUAUGGACAGAUUAAUGUCUGUUACAGACUUUAUAGUGCUUGAAAAGUAUUUUAAAGUGCUCAUAUUUUUUAGAUGACGCAAAUGUGUUCAAGUAGAUAUAGACUUGUGUGUUGAUAGUGGUGCCACAUUCCAGUGUUGCAAGAAUGGGAUGAUGUCUCUAGAGGGACCACUCCAUGGAACAGAUCUCAGAAAGACCUUAAAGGGACCAGAAAUAGGAGUCAUACUUGAUUGCCAUUCCAUAAAUGUUGUAACUUUAAAGAAAGAUAUUUUUACAAUUUUAUAUGUUAAUUUUAGAACAAACUAAUUAUACUUGAUCAUAACAUUUUGUCUUCCAAAUGUGAUCGCACAAGUGCCUGUACGUGUUUUUGGUCUUCCAUAAAUAUCAAUUGAAAAAGUAUGGUGAUAAACUAUAAAUGUUUUGUGCCUCAAAUUGUUUGAUCAGUUAGAUCAAAUUUACACUAGUUUUAUUGCUUUUAGAACAAAGUAAUUAAUUGUGUAUGUUUUCUUCAAGCUUUCAUUUGAUAUUAAUAACAUUUAUAUAGCAAAACUUGUUUAUAUACUGUAUCAAUACAAACAUUUGUACAUUUAUGUUUAAAGGUUUACAUUAAUGUGUUGUUUGAUUAUGUAUAAUCCAUUUACAUGUAUACAUUUUCAAUAUGUAAUAUUGUAUGUGUUUAAUGUCCUGUUUUAUUCUCUGCAUAUCAUUAACUAUUUAGUGCAAUGAAACAUUUCUAUGUUGACUCUGUUAAUCAUUGUUAUAUAAGGAUAAAUUGUGUUCGAUAAAUAUUUUGUAUAAAAACAUAUGUCUUUAAAAAGUACUGGCAAAUUUAAAUUUGUAAUUAUGUGAAUAAUUAGUCAUGAAUAAACUUGUCUACCAUUUUUAUGCGCCCGGUAGGGUGGCAUAUAGCAGUUGAACUGUCCGUCAGUCAGUAUGUCAGUAUGUGUGUAUGUCAGUCUGUCCGUCCGUCCGAAAAAAAAUUAACGUUGGCCAUAACUUUUUCACUAUUGAAGAUAGCAACUUGAUAUUGUGCAUGCAUGUGUAUCUCAUGGAGCUGAACAUUUUGAGUGGUGAAAGGUGAAGGUCAUCCUUCAAGGUCAAAUGUCAAAUAUAUGGCGUCUGUCCGUCCGAAAACUUUAACAUUGGCCAUAACUUUUUCAAUAUUGAAGAUAGCAACUUUAUAUUUGGCAUGCAUAUGUAUCUCAUGAAGCUGCACAUUUAGAGUGGUGGAAGUUCAAGGUCAAGGUUACCCUUCAAGGUCAUUUUUUUAAUAAAAUUUCAAAGCGGAGUUCUCGUGAAGCUGCACAUUUUGAGUGGUGGAAGUUCAAGGUCAAGGUCAUCCUUCGAGGUCAAAGGUAAAAAAAAUAUAAUUUCAAAGCGGCGCAAUAGGGGGCAUUGUGUUUCUGACGAACACAUCUCUUGUUUGUGUAAUGUAUUUGUGUGCAUUUUGUAUUAAAAGUGCAAUUUUGUGUAUAUAGUGUAAAAAUAAAAUGGAUCGCAUAUAAGUGUAGUAGUUCUACUGGGAAACACGGAAAUGGAAUGUCUUGUUGCUAUGACAAUAUCUUGUGUGUCAAAAUGUUCUUUCAACAUACUAAGGCAACAGCUUAUGUGAGGUAUGAAUUAAAAAUAGACAAUAUAGACUGUUCAACAAUAUAUAUGUAAUUUAUUAUCAGUGCAUAUCAUUUUACUUUCCUCCUUUUUUUGAACAAAAAUGAAAGAAUAAAAGAGCAUUUAUAUUUCAAUGUUCAAUUAUUUACAAAGAACAUUAUAUGUAUAUAUACAAUCAUUGGUAAACAACAUGAAUACAUGUACUGGCAUAUUAUUUCUGAACUGUAAGACUGAGAUAUAGUUGAGUGGCAAGCUUGUUGCAUUUUAAGUGUAUUACCGUAGAUUAGGUUAAACAAAUCAUUGUCUUCCAACAUUGUACAGUUUAGUAUUAGAAAAUUAUGUAUAUAAAAAUUAUAUAAAUGUAGAUUAUAUUAUAUAUAUAAAUUGUAUAGGUUUAUUACUUACGAGUGCCUUAACUUCUAAUUAUGUAUAUUAGAUUAUUUGAUACAAAGAUAUUUAGCUCUUUCAAUGCCAAAACCUUUUAAAAAGUAAGAUUUUAAUGGUUAGACUGUUGUAAAAUAUGUAACAUAAUAAAUAAAGUUUUUUUGCCAUAUAUUAGACUGAAUUUUAUAAAGGUUUAUUCAGCAAUUUAAAUAAUAUAACAAUUUUAUGAAAAAUGUAUGUUUAAAUUGCUUACAGUUUCUCCUAAAUGAUUUAAAUUACUUUAAAUUCAAGUACAAACGUAAAAAAAAUCAACCUAUUUACUCCUAAUUAUUUCACAUGAAAACAACAACACAAAAUUGUUAUACAUUAACUAUUGUAGUUUCUUAGUCAUUGUAUAAGUUAUAGGUCUGUAUAUAUAUGAGUACAUUUGAUAACUGUACUACCGUAUCUUUGGCGUUUAUGCCAUUUUAUGCAUACAGGACAUUCCAAUUUAUUAAAUAUAUUUUUUCAUGUUCUACAACUUUCAUGUUUUAAAUCGGGUAACAAAUAGUGCCUUAUGUAAGUGAGACAUGUGUUUGUUUUAAAAUAAUUCUUUGAAGACAAGUUGCGAGUGUGUCAUGAGAUAAUGGCUCUAAUUCCAUAUGCGGCCAGCGUAGCUCCAGGCCAGCCUGCGCAUUCAUGCAGUCAGGAGCUAUGUGUCUACUUUAAAGCAAACAAUGUAGUUCCUGAGCAUAUAUGCAGGCUGACCUUGAGCUACUCAGGCCAUGUAAAAAGAUACAUUUUUGCUUGAUAUGGACCAUAUGACAUUUGUUCUAUACUUGUUUUUAACACUGACCAUUAUUUGUGUGUGUGUGUGUGUGUGUGUGUGUGCGUGCGUGCGUGCGUGCGUGCGUGUGUUUAGCCCAAGUCCUUCACUUUUAUGAUAUAUUUGAAUCUUCAAAAUACCAUGGAAGGGUAAAAAACUGAGUAGUGUGCCUUUUUGGUAUCAUUUUAUUUAUAUGAACAAAAUGAACCUAAAUGAAACGCUAAAUCAAUGUUGAGGAUGAUUAUGAAUAACAUCUGUGGGUACAUUAAAAAUUACACAUACAUGUUUAAUUUUUUAAGAAUAUGGUAUAUUUUAUUUUGCUUAGAUUGGCUUUGAGUGUGUAAUUGAACAAAUAAAAAACCAUAAUGUUUAUGGACCUAUAUAUUGAAUAUAACAAUGUACAUUUUUCUGUACUCAUCCUAUGUGUUGCUUUUCUCUAUGUCUGUUAUUUUAUUAUUGUUUAUUUUUUCUUGAUUAUCAUUUAAUAAUUUAUAUUUUACUAGUCUCUGAACGAUUUCAUUUAUGUUUAUAUUUCUAGUUUAGUUUUCCUUCCCUUCGUAUUUCCUUAUUUUUGCUAUGGCCAUUCUGAGUUGUUCUCACUUUUGGCCUGCGGUCACUGUUCUAUGCAAUAAUUACAACUACUAUAAAUAAAAUGUAAAUUUA